AUGGUGGCCACAAAGAAGAGGAAAAAGUCACUUGAGUCGAUCAACUCUAGGCUCCAAUUCAUUAUGAAAAGUGGAAAUUGCAAGUACAUACUGGGGUACAAGCAGACUCUGAAAAUGAUCAGACACGGCAAAGCAAAACUGGUCAUCCUGGCCAACAACUGCCCGGCUUUGAGGAAAUCUGAGAUAGAAUACCACGCCAUGUUGGCCAAAACUGGUGUCCAUCACUACACUGGCAAUAAUAUUGGAUUGCGCAUAGUAUGUGCGAAAUACUACGGAGUAUGUACCCUGGCUAUCAUUGAUCCAUGUGAUUCUUAUAUCAUUAGAAGCAUGCCAGAACAGAGUGGUGAAAAGUAA